AAUGAACACUGCUCUCCGGCCACGAAUUAAACCGCUGCUGCAUCACGACAGAGAAGUCGCCUUUUCGAGGAGCGUGUAGGGUAAAUCAACAUGGCCUCAAUUAGUGUUCUCCUUAUUUUCUCUGUCAUCUCCAUCAGCAUAGGAAAUGCAAAUGCAGGAGACUUUUUGAGUGUGAAAUGCAAGGCUGAAAACCUGGGGCAGUAUGGCGGUCAGACGCUGCUGGAAUGUGUCAUCAAAACCACAUACGACGACACAGAAAUCAGGGUGGUCCUCUGGAAGAACGGCUCGCAUCCCUUACUGAUUUUCAACAAAGGGGAGACUUCAGUGCAGGAACCUGGCUAUUUGUUUGCAGAGCCGUCCUGGAAUUUCAGAAACAUGAAUGUAUCCCUGCUCAUUGCCAACACCACAGUGGAGCACGAGGGGAGUUAUACAUGCACGGUGAUGACAGACCGCGGUAGUGGCGAAACCUCCACCAGCCUUAAAGUCUCAGCCAAAUACAACAAACCAACUAUAACUAUCCCUGAGACGAUAACUAUGAAUUCAGAAGGUAACCUGACGUGUUUUACCGAUGGUGGCUACCCAAAAGCUGACCUUCGCUGGUUCGACGAGCACAACACGGAGCUGACAAAGGACUCGCAAAUGAUGACGUCGACCAAGGGCGAUCUGUUUCAGCUCUCGAGCAAGCUGGUUGUGAAGCAAGGGUCCUCUGUCUCCAAAUACACCUGCGUAGUGUUCAAUGCCACCGGAGGCAAAGAGGAAGAGACCACAGUCGAAGUACAGGACAUGACGAACCCAAGAAAUGAAGGACUGGGAAAGGAUAAGGAUCCAACCUCCAAAAUAGUGGCUCCCGUGGUGGUCAUCGGAUCGCUGAUCGUUGGGUUGCUGUUUGCGCUGCUGAUUUACAGACGGAGAUCUCAACGUGACCAUUGCCCGGUCGACACAUCAGAUGACAAGGAAGGUGAUCCGAAUUGCACAGACAACUUUGCCUGAGGACUCACUGCGUGCCACAUCAUAUAUGCUAACUUACUAGCCACCUCUGAAAUCAACACUUCCUUGUUUUCUAAUCUCCACUCUAUCAUUGUACUUUGUACAGCUGGGUAUAUAACCAGGGAUAACUUGUAUUACUGUGAUUCAUCAGAGGAGCUGUAAGUGCUUUCACUCACCUAAACUUACUUAGAAAACAGUCCUAAAUCAAGGGUCUUGAAGGAUCUCGACUGAUUUGGAAUCAGCGACGGACGGAUGUAGAAGGCAGGGGUUCGUGUCCAGCCCCCCCCCAAUCUGUGAUCUCAAAACUCUGACAACCACAUCGGAAGCAAUGAGUAACAUCAUUGAAAACCAAUUUUAUGGGGAAAUUUAGGUCGUCAGUGGAUCUGCUUUCUGCCCACACAUUAACUGUAGCCAUUCGGCAGUUUGCAACUUCUUCUUGUCACAUCAUGUCAAUGUUAUGAGGAAAACCUUGAAUCAGACGAUUGAGAUUGGUCAGGGGGUUGUGUGUGUGUGUGUGUGUGUGUGUGUGUGUGUGUGUGUGUGUGUGUGUGUGUGUGUGUGUGUGUGUGUGUGUGUAUUCAGGGGAAAUGUAACCGAUGUUGUACAGAUUUUUUUUUUCUACAUUUUUCACAUUCCUGACUUUAGUUAAACUAUAUUUUUCAUUCUGUCAAAAAAACACAUGAAGCGAAUCAGCUAUGCGCUAUUCAAAAGCUCUACCUACCUAACAACAGUAGCAUGGACUCAAAGUAUACACUGUUAGAAACAAAACUGCUAAUUAGAACCAUAUGGGAUCUUCAGCUUGCCCUCAUAACAGAACACUUUUGGUUUUCUGCUAGAAACGUUUAUAAAGGGUCCACCUGGAACCCUUUUAGAGGGUUCUACCUAAAACCCAGCAUAAAGGGUUGUACGUUUAUGUACCACCCAGAACCCUCUCAGGAGCUUCUGUUCAGAACCUUACCACUUUCUAAGGGUACUAACAAGAACCUGCCCAAGGGGUUCUACCGAGAACCCUUUGAUAUUCAAAGGGUUUCACCUCGAACUAUCCCCCGGGGUUCUACAGAGAACCCUUUUAUAUUCCAAGGAUAUUAUCUAGAACCCUACCACAACAAUCCUAGUUGUUGAGGGUGUGUGGGCUGGGUUUUGGGCGUUCCUUUCUAACACCUAUGGAUUUGACAAUCCUUGAAGAACUCUCUUUUAAAAAUGGGUUCUUUGUAUGAAAAGGGUUCUUGUAGAGUAUCAGCAGCUUUUUUUCCUUUUUUAAGGGUCCUGGUUUAGAAGUUUCUCAUUGUUCGACAACAAUUUGGUCAUUUCCUGCUUAUAGACUGGCCUUUAGUGCAGUUUUACCCCUCACUGCCAGCAGAUUUCAUAUCCUUAUUCUAACCACUGAGGAAGUUCACUAGACAAAUGCAUGUCGCACUUCUGCACGUCACAUGAUCUUCACUUACUUGCUAUUGGAAAAUAGUGUGUGGUUAAAGAAAGCCAAUAAAACAGGUUUAUGUUCCUCCAGCUGUCCUCGAUUAUAAAGUUGAUGUAGCUUUUGGCAGCAGUAAGCAAUGUCAUUGCCAAGUCCCUCCUCGCCUUCAGGCAGGUUUCAUGUUUCAUUCUUAUUUUCAUCUGACACCAGCCCUCAUAGAAAUAGGCGCUCAUAUCAUCAGGUAUAGAGAUUUCUGAUCUUGGUCCUGCUUCAUAAUGGAGCAGUGGUCCUGACACCAGAAAAGGCAAAUCUAAAAUGUGACAACAGAAGCACCUUAUCAGCUUACGUAAGUGUAGUCAGAGUUAAUCAUUGACUUUUUGGAUAGAGAAAAACAACGCCAUUAAAAGCUUUUCAUUUGAAAGUUUAUUCCAGAAAUGUCCUUAAAGGAAGAAGAGCACUGUUUUGUUUUCUUGUAUGAACUUUUUUUUAUAAAUCUGUGAAAUUGUAAUUCUGUGUUUCUUUACUGACUUUCACUGAUGUGUUUUUCUGAUUAACAGUGUCAGAACUGAUCUGUGAUUUAUUUCCACGUAAUAAAAACUGAUUUUGAAUUGAAAAAGAGAA